AUGGGUGAGCUAAUUGAGAGCAUGAUUGAGAGUGGUAUUAAACCAAUGGAUGCUUAUAAUUAUAUAAGCACUGAAGCUGGAGGAGAAGAAUGUGUAGGUCAUACUAAGAGAGAUCACCUUAACUAUGUAUCAAGAGUGAAAAUGAGUAUGGUUGAAGGUGGAGACAUGCAGAAUAUUUCAAAGCUUAUGGGUGAUGUUUUAAUCUUCGAUACAACAUACAGAACAAACAAAUAUGGGUUGAUAUGUGCUCCAUUUGUUGGUAUAAACAAUCACUGGAGAACAACAAUGUUUGGAUGUGCAUUCAUAACUGAUAAAAAGACUGAAACAUUUGUUUGGCUUCUUUCAAUCUUCAAAAAGUCAAUGAGUGGAAUUGAACCAAAAUCAAUCUUCACUGAUCAAGAUCUUGCAAUGAGCAACGCCAUACCAGAGAUUCAAAAUUUUUUAAUUCCUGAAUUCAAACUAUUUAAUCAUGAUGUAAGAAAUCUUAAUACUGAUGUUUAA